CGCGCGGCUUCCAGGUGAAGGAGCUUCUCAGCCCGGCAGGUUCCUGAUGGCUGUCCGGGCUGCCCUCCUGCUUCUGCUGGCCCUCUGGGCCUGCUGCGUCCUCUCCUCCGCCUUCCAGCAUCACCUGGUACAGCUGAGCUCCCGGCGCAGCGCCUGCAAGCCGGUGCCCAGCAGCAUGGCCCUGUGCCACGGCGUGGGCUACAGCGAGAUGCGGUUGCCCAAUUUGCUGGGCCACGACACCAUGAAGGAGGCCCUGCAGCAGGCGGCCUCCUGGGUGCCCCUGCUGACCAAGCGGUGCCACCGGGAGACCAAGAAGUUCCUCUGCUCCCUCUUCGCCCCCGUCUGCAUCAGCCAGAUGGACGAGCCCAUCUUCCCCUGCCAGUCUCUCUGCGAGGCCGUCCGGGACAGCUGCCUGCCCGUGAUGGCCGCCUUCGGCUUCCCUUGGCCCGAAAUGCUCAACUGCAGCCGGUUUCCUGGGGGCAACCAGCUCUGCAUCCCCCCGGUGGGUCCCAACGACCAAGAACAGCCCCCCCGAGAAGACACCGUAUGCACAGCCUGCCUUGAUUCUGGAGCAAGCGAGAAGGAUUUUUUGGAGAAAAUCUGCAACCAGGAUUUUGCUCUAAAGAUGACCAUCAAAUCCUUAUCCGGCCUUGGGGGCGACCUGAAAGUCAUCCCAGAGCUCCGUGGCCGGACGCUUUACAAGCAGGCCAACUGGUCCGAAGACGAGCGGAAGAAGCCGAUCCUGUGGCUGGUGGACGGGGAGGCCUGCUCCUGCGAAGAGCUGGCAGGGGGGCCGGGCACGGUGGUCCUGGCCAUGGGCCACCGUCUCAGCAACCGCCUCGUCCUCUCCUGGGUCAGGAGGUGGAAACACGGGGAGAAGGAGCUGAAGAAGUUCUCCAGGGCGGUGCGGAAGCUGCAAUGUUAGAGGUGGCUCCUCACCGCCCAUCCUCCCCUGCCAGCUGUGGACCCUGGGGAUGGAAGCUGGGCCUGCAGGCAACUGGUUUUCCCAGAUCGCAGACAAACUGGCACGAAGGGAAUAGCUAGCAAACGUUGAGGGGGCUAAUACAGGUAAUCCUAGACCAGGGGUCUUCAAACAUGGCCACUUCAAGACUUGUGGACUUCAAU